UGUGCACAUGCAACACWCAAGGAACCGUGGACAAUCAGGGAUGCAACAAGGAGACGGGAGAAUGUACGUGCAAGAGGUACGURGCCGGCAGAGAUUGCAAUCAAUGCAUCCCGGGCUUUUGGGGUUUGUCCGAUAGUCAAGAUGGCUGUAAGCCGUGCGAUUGCGACGUCGGUGGAGCGUAUGAUAACAUGUGUGACGUCCUCACGGGACAAUGCUUGUGUCGACCUAAUUUAUCUGGACGUACGUGCAGUGUACCUGAACAAAACUUCUUUGUUGGUCCCGUCGACACUGUGGUCAGCGAAGCUGAAUUAUCCAAUUGCGGACAAGACAAUUGUCAAGUAUUUAUUCGAGAACCUUACAGAGAUGGUAGAGAUAAUACAUGGACUGGUACAGGAUUUAUGAGAGUGUUUGAUGAUGCUGAGUUAGUUUUUGAUUUGAAGAAUAUACCAAUUACAACAAAUUAUGAAAUCGUCCUCAGAUAUGAACCACAAAUUCCUUAUGAUUGGGAUGAUGUCAGAAUUACAUUGGAAAGAAUGCAACCCAUCGAACCUAACAGUACCUGUGCUGAAUAUGAAGUGAACUACAAUGCUGGAGAUAUUAGAAGCAUUUUAUUGCCGCAAGAUUCUAGGUUUGCUAUAGCUACGCCACCAGUAUGUUUAGAAGCAAAGAAAGAGUACAAAGUGAAAAUUAAUUUCCAAAGAUACAACAACAGAACAAUUAAUCCAUCCGCGUCAAUACUAGUAGACUCGUUAGCUUGUGAAUGUAAUCCUGAAGGAUCAGCUACACAACAGUGUAAUCAAACUACUGGACACUGUAAUUGUAUGUUAGGAAUAGGCGGUGAUAAAUGUGACUCUUGUGCAAGAGGAUAUUUAGGUAAAGCUCCUAAUUGCAGUCCGUGUGGAGAAUGUUUUGAAAACUGGGAUCAAACACAAAAAGAGCUUAGUGAACAAACGGAGAAGGUAUUUAAAUCAGCAUCAGAAAUAAAAGCUACCGGAACUACAGGUGCUUAUAAUAACCAAUUUGAAACUAUGGAAAAGAAAAUAUCUGAAGUAAGAGAUAUAUUGCAAACAACUACAAAAAGUUCAACAGAUCUUCAAACAUUAAAUGAUGUUAUUGAUCAACUCAGAAUUAAUCUUACUACUAUGGAUCAACUAAAUGUUGUUACAAAAACAAUUGAUAAUACAAUGCAAAGAGUUAUUUUGGCUAAUUUAACAUUGGGAAACCUUAAUKCAAAAGCAAUCAACUUAAAAGAAACUGCACUAAGCUUAAGAAAUAAUUCAACACAACUUCAAGAACGAAAUGUUGAAGGUGCUUUAAACUUAACCAAAGAAGCAUAUGAAAAAGCAAAAACAUUAAAAAUAGAAGAGAAUAUUCAAGAUAAAUUAUUAUCUGAUGCUGAACACCAGUGUAAAAGAACUGAAUUAUUCUUUGGUCGAAAUGUUAAUUCCUUUAAUCAAGGUAUUAAAGACAAUGAACUCGCAUUGGAAAAAUUAAAUGAAGAGAUGAACAAAUUGAAUCAAGAAAUACCUAAAUUAAACCAACAGAUUUGCGAUAAAGGUGGUGAAACUUGUGACAAGCUUUGUGGUGGUGCAGGCUGUGGUUUUUGUGGUGGUUUAUCAUGUGAAGCCGGUGCUACAACUAAAGCAGAACGUGCUUAUAGCUUUGCUAAAGAAGCACAAAAACAUAUACGUGACAAAGAAKCAAAAGGCGAAGAGUUGUUUAGAGGUUUAUCUCAAGCAAAUCAAGAAUUAAAUUUGACGUUGGCCAAUGCUAAAAUCAUAUCAGAGGUGGCAAAGAGGGCGCAAAUACAAUCUCAAAGCAUUCUAAAUGAAAGUUACAGUUUAAUUGAUAGGCAUGAUAAAUUUUUGAAUCCUUCAGGAGUCCAAUCUACCGAUGUUGCAAUGAAAGUUGAUCAAGUUCUGAAAUUAAAUAUUAACUUAAAACCCGAACAAUUACGUCAACUUUCAGAAGACAUAAAUAAAACGUUAUCUCUACCAAAAAAUAUUGAUACGAUUAUAAAUGAAACUGCUGGAGAUUUGUUAUUAGCUAAAACCUUGAAUGAAGAUGCUGAAAUGAAACAGAUGGCUGCUAAAAACAUACUUCAGGUCGCUGAACGCGUUGAAACAGCUUUAGCGGAAGCACAAAGUAUACAAAAAAAUGUCGAUGAUGGUAUAGUAACAACAAAUCAAAAUAUUGAGAAUGCAGUUAAUAGCAUAACAAAUGUUAAAACAGAAACGGGCGUUACUCAAGAAAAUAUUCAGAAAGUUUUAGAUGAAAUCAAUGCUAUAGAAAGUAAAUUGAAAACACUACAGACCGGAUUUUUAAAAAAUGUCAGAGACGCCAAUGAGGUCAAGUCGGAAGCUAGCACUUUGAUACAAGAAGUAGAAGAUACUGAAAAGAAAGCAUCGCAACUAUUAGCUUCUUAUUAUGAGGCUAGUAACAAGUUAGACAACCGUGCACAAAUCGCGAAGACCACGAAAAAUAAUUCACAGAGUUUAUUAGAAAAAGCUAGUCAACUGUCAGCCAACACUACUUUGAAAUUGAGAGAACUAGGAGAUGCUGAACAAAUAAUUAUUAAUCAAGAGGAGUCAAUUUCAAAGCUUAUUAAAGAUGUAGAUGAAUUGUAUGGAAUGAUGACCGAAAAUUUAGAUAAAAUCAGUUCACAAUCUGACCACUAUCGGACGUGCAACAAUUAGUAAAAAUGAUUGCAGUAAUAUUUUAUUUCAAUUGUUGAGUGUCAUAUAUUUAUUUUAAUAGUUUUCAUUUUUUAAAUUGUGUUUAUUUA